UAAUUAAAAGAAAGAAUUUGUUUUAAUCUCUCAUCAAAGGCCAAAACACCCACUUUCAACUUUCCACAUAAAGCAAAAGAUUGGCAUCCUCAACAUUUCUCCAAAAGAGGAGCAGCAGCUGCUCUUCCUCCAUCCAUUCUCCAUCAUACCUCCUCCAGCACAAAUCUUGGAUCUACCUAGCAAUAAAAGAAGAGUGAGAAAACCCCAAGAUCAGCAAGAUGGGGAGAGGAAAGAUUGUGAUACGCAGGAUCGACAAUUCGACGAGUAGGCAAGUAACUUUCUCCAAAAGAAGAAAUGGGUUGCUCAAGAAGGCUAAGGAGCUAUCAAUCCUUUGUGAUGCAGAAAUUGGAGUUAUUAUCUUCUCCAGCACAGGCAAACUCUAUGACUAUGCAAACACUAGUAUGAAGUCCAUCAUCGAUCGCUACAACAAACAGAAGGAGGAGCAACAGCAGCUGUUAAAUCCUGCUUCGGAAGUCAAGUUUUGGCAAAGGGAGGCAGCAAGCUUGAGGAAGGAACUGCAAUACUUGCAAGAAUGCCAUCGGCAAUUGAUGGGAGAAGAACUGUCUGGUUUGAGCGCCAAGGAUCUACAGAAUCUAGAAAACCAGCUGGAGAUGAGUUUGAAAGGAGUUCGAAUGAAAAAGGAACAAAUUUUAACUGAUGAAAUUAAAGACCUGAACAGAAAGGGUAAUCUAAUUUAUCAAGAAAACCUUGAGCUGCACAAGAAGGUUAAACUCGUCAGUCAAGAAAAUUCAGAACUGCGUGAGGUUUAUGGAAGACAGAAUGUGGAUGAAGCAAACAGGGCUUCCCAGGCCCCUUGCACAGUAGGAAAUGGAUAUGACUCGCAUGCCCCAAUCCAGCUCCAAUUGAGCCAGCCACAUCCUCAUAACAUCGAGGCACCAGGAAAAUCAAUGAAACUGGGGCUGCAACUUCAAUAGUGAAAGCAGUUUGUAUCUGAAGAUGGUUAUCAAUCAUCAUCCAUUAAAUUGAUCCUAAGUUGAAGUGUGCAUGCUUUCUAGCGAUGAGAUCUCAAGCCUCGGCUAAGAUAAAUAUGUUCAGCAGCACAACCAUCCUAUUUGGUAUGAUAUAUUUUAUACAAUGUUUAGAGAAUGAUGUAAAUGAUUGCUGGACAAGCUAUCUGUAUCAAAUAUGCAAGAAUGGAAAGCUCAAUAUGAGUUGGGUACUCUAGAUGUCUAAAACAUUUAAAUGUGAUCAACAAAAUUGAACUACUAGAAGAAAUGUGCUAUGUAUAUAUGCUUUGCUUAGUGAAGAUUCAUAAGAUGAUGAUAGUUGUUUUAUUGGACGAUAUAAUCCAUAUAUGCUUUCCUGUAAUAGCAUACAUUCUUCGAUUCUUUAAAUAGAAGUUCAUGAAAGAACAUGUAGGAAGUCAAUAAAACAAUAAUAUGCUGCUUGAUCUUACAACAUACCAACUUCAAAUGAGAGAUAGUAUAGUUACCAAAACAGAAUGCUUGAUUUAUAAUGACAAAAACAUAAUCCCUGUAGUUAAACACAAUAAAACCUAGUACAUUUGUCAUAUAGAUGCAACAAAAUCUAGGCAUUGAGGGAAACAAGCGUAACUAGAACAGGAUUUUUCAUAACUGUAAAUGAAGAAAAGCUGCAUUUUAGUAUCAUUAAAUGAUUAAAGAAUAAAAAUGCUGUCACAAACUUAUGUUCUCUAUCAGAAAUUUCGUCAACUAUAAACCUUGAAUAAAGACUAAAUUAAACAUCACAGCAUAGUUUAUGCAGUAAUAUUGCAAACAAAAAAAAAACACGCAAUAUCUCGAGAAUACAAGUUCAUAAAUCUAAAAUAGUCAGAAUAACUGUACCUCAUUUCCCUUUGCCAGGUCUAGCAUAGAACUCGGCUGACGAGCUCUAAGCAGACAGGACUCCUCGGUAAAAGCAGUGGAUAAUAUCCAAUACCUGAAGUUCAAGACCAAUCAGGAUUCUUUAAAGUACAAGACAGAGCAUAUAAAAGCAUUGUGCUUGUGUGUGUGUAAAGGAAUUCAGUAAAUAAAGGGCAGAGCAUCUACCUUUGGCAUUGUUCAAAGAUUUUCCAGCGCCAUUGUUGUGCUGUUACCCAAAGCAACAUUAGUUUUAACUGCUUUUUUUUUCAUAUAAGAUUUUACUUUUUCCUAAAAUAACAAAUGGAUAAUUUUCAUGUACAGCAGCUUCUGAGCAGUGUAACUUGCCAUUUCCAAGUCUCAGGUAAUUCUUAACACAGACUAAAAAUUGCCUCUCAGAAAUGGCUCAUCAAUAUAUAAUGGGAAGCCAACAAUAAAUUCUCCAUUUCAAAAGUGAAAUUCCAAAUGUUGAAGUAUACCAUCAAACUUCACAACAUGAGAAAACAAACAAUUGGGAAUUGAUAGUGACAGAAGCAAGUGAUUAAAACCAGAGCAACACAACUGUAAAGGACAUUUAGAUGUUCAUUAGUGGAAAAAUCAGAAGACUGGCAAGUACAACCACUGUCAGCAAGCGUGCAUGCUGAUGCAUCUUCCAAUAUUCAUGCUUUACCAAACCUAUGUUUUACUCACAUGUGUCUACACUACAUUAAACAAAGGAGAUGGGAAUGGAUAGUGAGACAAUUUUCAUGGAACUUGUAUUGUUUUGAUAUCGAUUUUCAGAUUAAAACUAAAGACAUUAAUAAAUAAAAAAAAAA